CCCGCCUCCCCCCCGGCUGUGGGCGCGGGGAGCCGCGGAGCCGCCGCCGGGCGGAGCGGAACGGGGCCGGCGGAAGAGCGGAGCGGCCACCACCCGCCCGCCGGGGCGGCGCGGCGCGGAGCGGAGCGUAAGCCGCUGCCUGGAUGCAAGAGGCGUUUUGGGAAUCGGAGGCCGGCGGCACCCGGGAGGGCCCGGGGGAAGAGGAGGAGGCGGCGGCGGCGGCGGCGGACUCCGGGCGCUGAGGAGAGGAAGCAAGCAGCGCUGGCCAUGGCCUCCAACUUUAACGACAUAGUCAAGCAGGGCUACGUGAAAAUUCGCAGCAGGAAACUGGGGAUAUUCAGACGCUGCUGGUUGGUUUUCAAGAAGGCUUCCAGCAAGGGGCCCAGGAGGCUGGAGAAGUUCCCAGAUGAAAAGGCAGCCUACUUCAGGAACUUCCACAAGGUAACUGAGCUGCACAACAUCAAAAACAUCACUCGACUGCCUCGGGAGACAAAGAAGCAUGCAGUGGCCAUCAUCUUCCACGAUGAGACAUCAAAGACCUUUGCCUGUGAGUCAGAGCUGGAGGCAGAGGAGUGGUGCAAACAUCUGUGCAUGGAGUGCCUGGGAACCAGGCUCAAUGACAUCAGCCUCGGGGAGCCAGAUUUGCUCGCUGCCGGCGUCCAGAGGGAGCAGAACGAGCGGUUCAAUGUGUACCUCAUGCCCACCCCAAACUUAGACAUCUAUGGAGAGUGCACAAUGCAGAUCACCCAUGAGAACAUCUAUCUCUGGGACAUCCACAAUGCCAAGGUCAAGCUGGUGAUGUGGCCCCUGAGCUCGCUGAGGAGAUACGGCCGGGACUCCACCUGGUUCACAUUUGAGUCUGGAAGGAUGUGUGACACAGGAGAAGGGCUCUUCACCUUCCAGACAAGAGAAGGAGAAAUGAUCUAUCAGAAAGUCCACUCUGCCACACUGGCCAUAGCAGAGCAACACGAGAGGCUGAUGAUGGAGAUGGAGCAGAAGGCAAGGCAGGUCACAACCUGGUCUCGGCGAAGGUGUCCCGGGCGCAGACGUUCCCCAGCUACUCGUCGGCGCAGGGCGAGGAGCAGCCGCAGCCGCCGCCGCCGCAGCCGUCGCUGUCCUUGGCCAGCAGCUACAGCUUCAGCUACGGGUCGGGGUCGGGGCCGGUGCAGUGACCGCCGGGGGCGGGCGGCCGAGAGAGGGACAGUGGAGCCUGGAGCCUCCCCGCGGGGCCGGGGAGCCGCAGGGCCCCUUGGCGGCCCGUUGCGCUGUGGAAAGCGACACGCCGGGCAGCCCCGGGCGGGGGCACCUGCGGGAGGAGGCUUCCCCGAGGCAGAGGCUGAGUCUUGGGUUAUUUAUUUUGCCGUUCCUUUUCUUCUCUCUUUUUUUAUGUCGAUGCGUUCAGAAAGGAAGGGGGCGCGGGGGGGAGGGGGUGGGAAGGGGGCACCUUGGUGUUGUGAGAAAAGUGGUGGAAAACAAGAGAAAGCUGUGUCGGUGUGAAAGAGUUUGUGCGUGCCCGGAGCGGAGGAGAGCGGCUCCGGAGCGCCGCGGCGCUGGGCGAGGCGCUGGGCGGCGGCACCCCCCGGGGCCCUCGGCACCCCC